AUGCUUCCUCCCAGAAGGCGAGAUAAACAGGUUCCUUGCAUCGCCAACGACGAAUCUGUAAGUGCACAGAUCUGUCCUACAGAUAUUCGUCUUGAUCCAGCCUAUUACGCAAUAUACUAUACGUAUAUGUAUACAACAUUUUUGGCCAUUGGACCCCUAACUCUCCUAAUUCUCAUCAACAUCUGUGUUGUAUAUACUGUACUGACGAGGAAAAAUGAUUCAGCAGAGGAAUCGGACACUAUGAGUCUAAUACUAGUUGUAUUCUUCUUCAUCUUCUGCAACUUCACGGCUCUACUCGUGAACUUUAUGGAGAUAAUACUAAACAACCCGAACAUCUUGGUCUACUUUGUUGACUUAUCAAAUCUGCUGGUUGUGAUCAACGGAACGGCCAAUUUCUUCUGUUAUCUUAUAUUCGGAGCCAGUUUCAAGCGCACCCUGAAAAAGAUCCUCAUCAAACCUUGCACAAAGCCUAAAAUUAUAUGGACAUUGAAUGGAAAUGAGAAGGUUCCCGACUCGCAUCAUUCUCUCCUUUGA